GAAAAGGCCGAAAAUCUUUUUCAUUAUCCUCAAUGAUCAAUAAACACUGGAGAAAACUUUGCAACGGUGAUUGAAAGAUGAGCAUGGCAGUGAAAGGGUUUUUUUGCAAUCCAAAUGCAAGUAAAAUUGAAACCCACCAUCAUCUUCUUCGUCAAGUUUUAGCCAGGCAGUCAUUUCCUAUUUCUUCUUUUCCUUCAUAUCCGAUUCUAAACAACGACGACGACAAAAACAAAACACCCAUUCUUCGAACCCGAGCUGCAGCAGCAGCUGAGGAUAGCAAUUCGACUGUUAGCGUUUCAAGCACAAGCGACGUUAAAGGGUCAGGAACGACAGCGAGAGGGAGGAGACUUCUCAAGAUACGUGAAGAGAAGAGGAAACGAGAGUUCGACAGGCUUCACAAUUAUCCAUCAUGGGCCAAGGUACUCGAAAACGCUUGCAAAGACGAUGAGGAACUACGAGCGGUUCUUGGUGAUAGCAUUGGCGACCCUGAGCAAAUGAGGAAACGAAUUGAAGAGCGUGUUAGGAAAAAGGGUAGAGAUUUUAACAAGAAAAAGACGGGCUCUUUGCUUGCUUUUAAAGUCACCUUCCGAGAUUUUAAUCCACUUGAUUCCUAUAUAUGGUUCGAGUUAUACGGAUCACCUUCCGACAGAGAAGUCAAUCUCAUUGGCAGUGUUAUUCAGUCAUGGUAUGUCAUGGGACGCUUGGGUGCCUUUAAUUCCUCUAAUUUGCAGGUGGGAAAUGCUUCAAUGGAGUAUGAUCCCCUCUAUGAUGCAGAUAAGGGUUUUAAUGUGAUGCCAUCAUCGUUCCAUGAUAUCAGUGACGUUGAGUUUCAAGACAACUGGGGCCGUGUUUGGGUAGACCUUGGUACCUCGGAUUUCUUAUCCAUUGAUGUUCUCCUCAACUGCAUGACAGUGUUAAGUGCAGAUUAUUUAGGCAUUCAACAGAUAGUUUUCGGUGGUCGCCAGAUGGGUGAUUGGGAAGAGGGUAUGACAAACCCCGACUACGGCUACAAGUACUUCAAAAUCUGAACCAAACACUGAUCCAGAAUUGUCAGAAAACUAGAAGGGUUGAUCCACAAUGUUCCAAACAGCUUGUAAGUAACCACUGCAAAUGGAGGGAGUGAAAUUUCUUCUUUGUUGCUGCCUGUUCUUGAACCUGAUCAAAACCCCAAAUCCAAAAAAAAAGAUCUCAUACCAGACAAGAUUGAAAUUAACAACAACAACAAAAAACAUUGGAUUAAUUAUAGCAGUUGCUUUGAUUAUAUAUACCUGACAAUGGAUGGUAGGUAAGGAAACAUGCCGACAGUUCUUUCACAUUCGUUGCCAUUGGAAUUUGAUACACUGGAUACCUAAUCAAACAUAAGCAAACCAUUUUUAGACUUCACUAGAUUCAUAAAUACGAGUAUAUAUCUCGCAUUCGAAUAUACUCAAAAUACUUUGGACGGUUCAUGGAUAAAGUUAAUGAAUUAAUUUUUCA